ACUCUGAAAGGACAUCCCAACUCACACACAAUCGUCCUCCCACCAACCACACAUGCUCCAUCCACUUGGUUCAGCCGGUGCAUGUUCAAGGUUCAGCCUUGGGGGAAUCAAACCAACAACAAUACAAGUCUAACGGGGCUGGCUUGCAGCACUGACCACAUCAAAGCAACUGACACCACGGACAAUCAUCAGAGCUAAUCAUUGGAGGAACCAACCUCACCUGGCUGCAUGCAGACCACUCACACCAGUUGGAGAAGCAGGUUUGGCAGCAAAAUGGCACUUCUUCAUAGCCUUCUCUGCAUCUUGUGCCUGGUUGGACCAGUUCUCAGCCAGGACAUGCCUUAUGAGGAAUAUAUGGCCCAGAUCCAAGCCUGCCCUAAAGAGUGUCACUGCCCCCCCAACUUCCCUCGCGCUGUCUACUGUGACAAUAAAGGCUUGAAGAGCAUCCCCAAAAUCCCUCCACACACAUGGUAUCUCUACCUGCAGAACAAUCUCAUUGAAGUGCUGUCAGCAGAUGCCCUGCACAAUGCCACAUCGCUGCGCUGGCUGAACCUAAACCGUAACAAAAUCACUAGUGAGGGACUGGAAGAAGGGGUCCUAAAUGCGAUGUCUCACCUUGCGCACCUCUACAUGGAUGACAACCUCUUGUCUUCUGUGCCAUCUCCCCUGCCAGCCAGCCUGGAGCAUCUAAGUCUCUCUCGCAAUCGCAUCUCCAAGAUCCCUGCUGGUGUCUUCAAUGGUCUGGAUAAGCUUAACCUCUUGGACCUCCAGGGGAACAAGCUGAUGGAUGAUGCUGUGACUGAGGUGAGCCUGAAGGGCCUAAACAACCUCAUACAGAUCAAUCUCGCCAAGAACCAACUGAGUAGCAUGCCUCUUGGCUUACCAACCACCACCACCCAGCUUUUCCUUGAUGGUAACAACAUUGAAAAGAUCCCAGCCGGCUACUUCAAAGGUCUGCCAAAAGUGGCUUUUCUGAGGCUCAACCACAACAAGCUUGGCAGCAAUGGAGUUCCCAAAAAUGUGUUUAAUGUCUCCAGCAUUUUGGACUUGCAGCUGUCCCACAACCAGCUGACUGAAGUUCCCCUCAUCUCCUCAGGCCUUGAGCACCUUCACCUUGACCACAACAAUAUCAAAAGUGUAAGUGGCUCCAAUGUCUGUCCUGUCGCUGUCGAAACUGUGGAUGACUCCAUCAAUGAAAGUGUUCCUCGUCUGCGCUACCUCAGACUGGAUGGCAAUGACAUUAAGCCACCAAUUCCCAGAGAUGUCAUUCUGUGCUUCCGUCUCCUGAGGUCUAUUGUCAUCUAAAAACAAAAUCAUCAGCAAAGGCUAAUUUUAAUUUCAUACAAUGGAUGACUUGGUAAUGUGGACACUUUAAAUUAGAUGUGAUAGGAAUCUAUGCAACAAAACAUGGUGACAUGAGAUUUGCAUGUUUUUGAAACUCAAAUAUUUGACACUAGUUGGCAUCAACUUGUUUUAUUGCUGUAACUUAGGGAACAGUUAACUCCAGUUCCAAAUAACAUAGAUUUUCAGUGUAAUUCUAAUCAAAUUUUAAAAGAAAGUACAAAAUUGACAAGGAACUGGGUUAGAAGCUUUAUUGAGGCUGCAAUCUCUUGACCACUAGUUGUGCCUUAUGUUGGUGUUAACAUCUGCAUGUACAAUUCAGAAUGAAAAUCUGAUUAUAAUUUAGUGAUUUAGGCCAAGAGGAGGAUAAUAUGUAUUAAUGACAAGUGAAGAUCUUUGAGGACUAUUGUCAUUAUGCUUCUUCGAGCAGGAGGCAAAGCUUAUCAGUGCAUAGGAAAAUAUCACUUUUAAUUUUUUUCUAUUGUUUCAGGAAAACCUUUGCUUUAUACUUGUAGACUUGAAGCCAAAUUAAUGGUCUUGUGUCCUAGGUUUGGUUAUAUUUCCUUUUUUAAAUUACUCUAUUCUACAAAUAUGCAUAUUUACUGUAGGUAAUUUAUUUUUAUUUAAUACUGGAGAAAAUUAGUAUAAAUCUGACAGUCCUGUGAACAUUUAUGGCCAAUAUUCCUUAAUGUUUUGUAUACAAAAGAAAUGUGAUAACUGUUUUUAAAAAAUGCCAACACACUUUUUGAUUCUGGUCAUUAUUUUUCUGAAUGAACUGAGCAAGGGAUUUCAUUUGAAUUGUCUUCAAUUUGAAUAAAACUUCUCAAAAUGAA